CCCAUUGCACAGCUUCAAUUAAUUUUGAAAUUUUGUUCAACCUACUAACGCAGGAUUUUCUACAUUUUUGCUUCACAAAUAAUUCGUUGCCCUCUUAGUUGUUUUUGGGCAGACAUCCAUUAAAAAGUCGGGCCCAAAACAAAGCAACUGAUGUUUUUAAGAUCAACGGAUUUAAAACAAAAUAUCAGUUUGAAGUAAACACUGAAAACAUAUGUUAAACCAAGAUAAUCCUAGUACAAAAUGACACGUUGAUUGGGUACGGGAUUUAAUGUUUCGACGGGUUGCAACAAAGUACGUCAAUUUUUAUUUUCCGGAGGCGAAGGGAAAGAGAUUAAUCUGGGCACGGCUAAUUCUCUUUUGUUAGAACCAUAUGUUGCACUUUUCCGACCAGCAACGCCUAGUGUAAUGUGCAGUUAGAUCCAGCGCAGUCCCACGAACAAGUUUUCAGCAGGAUGGACAACUGGGAGGGCGCCGCCAACGAACUCAAGGACUCGGGCUCCAGCCUGUCCCUCUGCACUUGCAGAAUUUGCCAGACGGUUAAGAGCAGAGAAGCACUCAUAUCUCCCUGUAAUUGUAAAGGUACUCUAGGCAAGGUUCAUCUCAGCUGUUUGGAAAGGUGGCUGAACAUUUGCGGCAGGCAGCACUGCGAGAUAUGCAAAUUCGAGUUUUCAGCGAAAAGACGCCGAAGAUACAGUGUAUUGCAAUCCGUCAGGAUUUGGGUAAGGCACCCACGGCACAGGAUACUUCUAAGAUCGGACCUCAUCGUGGCCACAAUCCUGACGUCUGUGACGAUAGCGUUGUGUUGCAUCUGCGCCUUCGGCAUGCGCUACUUCGUGAUCGAAGGGCUUAAACUCGGAGUGCCGUCGGUGUACACCCAAGGAGUCAUCCUGAUGUUCCUCAUCGUGAUGAUCCUCGGGUAUAUCGUCACGAUAUACCUCAUGGCGAAGGACCACGUCAUCCCUUGGUAUCGCUGGUGGACCCGGUGCCUCCUCAUUAAAGUCAUAGUAAACGAGUCGAACCCGACAAUCAAAAACGAAGUAGCGGAAACGAGCAAAAGCAGCGCGCUGACUGCUGUGUAGAAAUGCAAAUAAAGCAACAUUAUCCUUAAAUCUUCUUUUCUU